AUGUCGGUCGGGACUAUCAAGCCCAUCGGCCGCGAGUCGGUGCAUCGCAUUCAUUCGGGGCAGGUUGUGCUCGACCUACAAGGCGUUGUCAAGGAGCUCGUCGAGAAUGCGUUCGACUCAGGAGCUACAAGUGUUGAUGUGCGUAUCAAGGACCAUGGACUCGACUCGGUCGAGGUGGUGGACAACGGGAGCGGGAUCGAGCAGGCCGACUGGGCGUCCAUCGGCCUGAAACACCACACGUCCAAGCUCCCAUCGUUUGAGGAACUCAGUCAUGUUCAGACCUUCGGAUUCCGUGGCGAGGCUCUCGCAGCGCUUUGUGCGCUGUGCGAGAGCAUAACGAUCGUGACGGCCACGAAGGACACGGCACCCAUGGGCGCUGUGAUCAAGUUGGGACGCAACGGCACGGUGGUGGAUGACAGCGUCCGCGUCGCCCGUCAGCGUGGGACGACGGUGACAGUUAAUGGCCUAUUCAAGGCGCUCCCUGUCCGGCGUAAGGAGUUUGAACGGACGGCCAAGCGCGAGUUCACGAAGGCUCUGGGCAUCUUGAAUGCUUACGCACUUGUUCCAUCCAGCAAAGGUGGCGAUAGGAGUGGUGUACGGCUCAAGGUAGAGUCUAUUGGUGCCGGAAAGGGAGGGAAGCGCAACACUGUGUUGGCGACGGACGGGCGCGGUACACUCAGGUCGUCAGUCAGCGCUGUCUGGGGACCCAAGGCCCUCGAAGGUGUCGUAGAGCUCGACCUUGAACUCGACGUCGAGAUCGACCGUGCCAUGGCGAGGCGUGAGGGCAUCGAGGAGACAUCCCAAACAGUCCGAGUCAUGGGGCUUAUCUCUUCCGCCGGAUGGGGACAGGGCCGCUCCAGCGCCGACCGGCAGCUUACGUACAUCAACGGCAGGCCUUGCGCCCUACCCACUCUGCCGUUCGCCAUCCUGGACCUCCAGAUCCCGACCGAGGGUGUCGACAUCAAUGUUAGUCCGGACAAGCGGACGAUCAUGGUACACAGCGAAGCAAACCUCAUCGAGUCGCUGAGGAAAGCCCUUGACAAGCUUUUCCAACCUACACGAUCCUCGUACGCUGUCGGUGGGGCGUCACAUACCAUCAAGGUGAUUCAGAAUGAGAAGGACGCGGAUGGGGAGGAUGAAGCUGGUGAGGAGGCGGAGGACGCGCCCGAAGCCGAAUCACAACGCACCAGAGCAUCUCGCGUGUCAGACUUGGUCGAGUCGGACGGUGAGGAGGAGCUUGACGAGCUCGGCUCCCCGCCCGGUCCUACUUCUCAGACAUCAGGGGCAGCAUCAAACCGCCUGGCACACCGCCGACCUCCCGCCCCACAUCUUCGGCUAGCGCAACAGACGCUGGACACAACGACAGCCUCAUGGAGUCCGAGGAGAAAAGUCGGAGGGACGUCAUCUAGCGUGGCUCGCUCCGCUCGAGCACCAGCCACUGGCCGUGAGGCGCGCACCAACUUGCGCGACCGACUGGCGAUGUUUGCCAGCCAAAGCAGCCCACCAAAUCCAAUUGAGGACAGCAGCGACGAGGAGAUCGUCAUGGUGCAGCCGAUUGAGAGGUUCCCCCAAACUCGGAAGCGAACGGCGUCGUCAGAGGAGCAGGAUGAGUUGGUUGAAGAUCGCACAUCUGAGGUGGAAGAAGAGUCGCUUGAGCAUGACGAGGUCAUAGGGGAAGUCCCAUCCUGUCGCGCCAACGGCCAUCACUUCCUGGCUCCUAUGAGUACGCCGCCAGCUACGGAGCCGAUGGAAGAGGGGCCCGCAGCGGUAGAGGCAACAGUUCCCAUCGACGUGGAGAAACCUGUCAGCGUUGACAUUCAAGAGACUCCUGCCUCAGACAGCGAGGUGACUUCGAUCGAACCACCUGUUUUGCCGGUUGCCUCAGCACCGACUAGUAAAUCCCAAUCACCAGACAUAGAACACCACGACCUGCAACGCGAGGCCGUACACAUGGACGUCGACGACGAACCAAUCAUGGAUGGUUACCGUAACGAGAUUCAGACGACGGCUCCAACCGGCCACGCAAUCUUACGAUUCGACUUGGAGCGGUUACAGGGGCGGUUCAUCGCCCGGCGACAGAGGCUAGCCGCCCGCAAAGUGAGCGGGCGGAAUGCUUUCUCGACAAUGCGUGAGGGCGCGGCUACGAAAGCCGCGGGGCUCAGCAACCGCGACGCUGAGGCCGCUGAGGAGGCCCUUGCCCGCGUUAUCAGAAAAUCCGACUUUUCGCGCAUGGAGGUACUGGGCCAGUUCAACAAGGGCUUCAUCAUCGCGCGGCUCAAGAGUCAUCUCGAUGAGGAGGGAUCGGUUAUUGGAUCGGAUGACAUGUUCAUCAUCGACCAGCACGCGAGCGACGAGAAGUACAACUUUGAGACGCUGCAGCGCACGACAGUUAUCAAGUCUCAGGCCCUGAUUAAGCCUCGAGCGAUGCAGCUCACCGCUGCUGACGAGCUUGUCGCGAUGGAGAACUUGGAUGCUCUCAGAGCGAACGGGUUUGAGGUUGGUGUCAACGAAGAUGCGCUUCCCGGGCGCGGUGAGCGGGUCAGCCUCAAGGCUAUGCCGGUCAGCAAAGAGACGACGUUCGACUUCCACGACCUGGAGCAACUCCUCCACAUGUUGUCUGACAGCUCACGUCCUGAGGGCCAGAUGGUGCGCUGUACAAAGGCCAGAGCCAUGUUCGCCAUGCGUGCGUGUCGGAAGAGUGUGAUGAUCGGCCGGCCUCUCACGAAGGCACAAAUGGUCAAUCUUCUGCGCAACAUGGGCACCAUUGACCAGCCAUGGGUAGGCUAUCGGUCUCAGCUAUCACUGACAACAGAAUUGUCCUCAUGGGAGGCCCACGAUGCGCCAUCUCUCGACGGUCUCUCGCCCCAGCCGUCCGCGAUCGGGUUCUGA